UGCAGUGAAAAUGAACGAUCUCAUGACAAAUUCGUUCUUAAAUUAUACGGAAUUGAAGAAACAGGUCAACUUGGAUGUUGAAGCAGAGAGGGAUUUGGAGAAAGGCCAAUUACAACUCAGUCCCACAGAUGAAAACAAUCUCUCCCAGUUCUUUCUUGAAGUGCAGGCAAUAAAGGAUGACAUUGAAGAGAUUACUAAUCUCUUAAUUGAUCUUCAAAAUCUGAAUGAAGAAACAAAGACCACUCAUAGUUCUAAAGUUCUUCGCGGGCUAAGAGAUAGAAUGGACUCAGAUAUGGUUGCUGUUUUGAGGAAAGCCAAGAUUGUCAAGGCAAAACUUGAAGCACUUGAAAAAUUAAAUGUAGCGAGUCGCAAAUUAUCAGUGGCGUAUGCUGAAGGUACUGCAGUUGAUCGAACAAGAAUCGCCAUGACUAAUGGAUUGAGAUUCAAGCUUAGGCAAAUCAUGAAUGAUUUUCAGGUUUUGAGGGAGAGAAUCAUGUUGGAUUACAAAGAGUGUCUCAAAAGAAGGUACUAUAAUGCAACAGGUCAGGUGGCAACAGAAGAAGUGAUUGAGAAGAUGGUUUCAGGAGGAAAUGUUAAAGUUGAAAUAUUUGAAGAAAGGACAGAACUGAAUCUUGAGAACCAAGAAAGAUAUGAGGCAGUAAUGAACAUUCAGAAAAGUUUGGACAAGCUUCAUCAAGUGUUUCUUGAUAUGGCUGUUCUUGUUGAGGCACAAGGUGAAAAGAUCGACGAUAUUGAGCAUAAUAUGGCUGCUGCUAGAAGCUUUGUAAGUGGAGGAACUAACAGUCUUUUCUAUGCUAAGCAGAUGAAGAAAAAGGGAAAGAUGUGGAUAUGUUGGGUAUUGGCUGUGGGAUUGAUUAUCUUGCUGGUUUGCUUUGUUUCAAUAUUGACCACUUGA